AUGGACUCUUGUCGAGAGCACAAACAUCACAGCUCAAGCAGUUCUGCCCGCAAAGAUCCCAAAAACAAUACACGACCUGCUAAUUCUUUUUCUCUUGACCCAUCUUCUCCAACAAAAAAGCUCAACUCCAACUAUGAAGAAUUUCAAGCUAACAAAGAAAAUGAAGCAGACCAGGCAGAGAAACCUGACCUUACUUUUCUUUUUAAUCCUCUCCGAGAUGAAGUAAAGCCAUAUAGCUUAUAUCCCUUUAUAGAUUUUCUUUAUCGUGCAAAAUGUACUGGAUUAUUAAACGACUAAGAGAGACUCUAUUAAAGGAACAGGCUGGAUAUCUAUAUCAAGAAGUGCUAAAAAGUGACAUGUCAAAAAAUGGUGACAAGUCUGAAAAAAGUUGACAAGCAAACGCGCCAAAUUUUUUAAAAUGGAUUUAUUAUUAAAAUAAUUUAAAACUUAAGAUACCCAAUUAGAUAAAAGAUAUAAUUGCACAUUAUAUAUUGGCUUUAAAUAUUUUGAUUUUCAUAUAUAUUUAAAUUUAAUAAUAGCUGUAAAAAUCAAAAACUUGCAACUCAAUGUGCAUUUUUUCCGGCUCGAUAGAAUUUCUUUAUUUUAUGCUAAUUUAUUUAUGAAGACUAGAGCUAUAAUUUGCAAAGUGCGUGGCUUGUGAUUCUCAAUAUAUACAAAGUUCUUAUCGACUCAUAUGAGAAGUAUUUAGCAAAAAUUCAAUAUGACUUAUAAGUGAAAAUCAAAAAUUUGCAACUCAAUGUGCAUUUUUCCGGCUCGAUAUAAUUUCUUAUUUUAGUGCUAAAUUUAUUUAUGAAGACUAGAGCUAUAAUUUGCAAAGUGCGUGGCUUGUGUAUCUCAAAAUAUACAAAGUUCUUAUCGACUUAUAUGAUGUGUACUUAGCAUAAUUAAAUAUUGAUUUAAAAUUAAAAUAUCUUAAGUUUUAAAUUAUUUUAAUAAUAAAUCCAUUAUAAAAAUUGACGCGUUUACUUGUCAACUUUUUUCAGACUUGUCACCAUUUUUUGACAUGUCACUUUUUAGCACUUCCUGAUAUAGAUAUCCAGCCCGUUCCUUUAAUAGAGUCUCUCUUGGUCGUUUAAUAAUCCAGUACAUUUUGCACGAUAAAGAAAUCUAUAAAGGGGUAUGAGCUAUACCAUUUAGAUGGCGAUACUUCAAUGUAUACUCUAUUAUAAAGAAUUUUUGUUUAUAAAUUACCUUUAAAAAUAUUCAGUUUAAAGCAGAAUAUACAGAAUCCUCAAUCGUUAGCAGAGCCAAUCUUAAAUCCGAGCCAAUGGUCAUUGAGAGCAUCAAUGACUUUAUGGACCUGUACCAAUCAGACAACAAAGGCUUCAUUGGUCGCAAAGAAUAUGAAAGAAUGUACAAUAAGAUCUGCUCAGUUUUACGUAUCAGCAUCGACCCGAGCGAAAAACGCAAAAUUUUAGACGACGACUGGAAAAAAGACUCAAGAGGCCAAGAUAAAAUGUCAAGGGAAAUGCUUUUUGACGCCAUGUUCGAGCUUUGUGACGUCUGGUGUCCACAUAUAGACCCAGUUGAGUACAAAGAAUUUUUCAGCCAAAUAAAAUUCCGAAUCAGAUAUGAAGGCUAUAAAGACAGCUCUGCUUAUGAUAUAAUAAGUUAA